AUGAUAACAUAACCUAAUCAUUUUUAAAUGAUAAUCUUUUAUCACUUUAUGUUUAUUAUAAUUAAAUUUAUUUAGAUAAUAAGAACAAUAAAAAAAUGAUUCGUGCAGUAUUAAUUGACUUAAGUGGCACACUGCACAUCGACGACACAGCUAUUCCUGGAGCUGUUAAUGCAUUGAAUAGGUUAAGAAAAACAAAUGUUCUAAUAAAAUUCGUUACAAAUACAACAAAGGAGUGUCAAAGAAUUCUUCAUGAACGCCUUACAAAAUUGGGUUUCGAAUUACUUCCUGAUGAAAUUCACAGUUCCUUACAGGCUGCAAAAGCUCUUAUAUUGAAACGUAAUUUGAAGCCUCUUCUUUUAAUUGCCCCUGAAGCUCAUGAAGACUUUCAAAACAUGAAUUAUACACUUGAAGACCAACCAAAUGCAGUCGUUGUAGGAUUGGCACCUACUGAAUUUCAUUAUGACAAAUUAAAUAGUGCAUUUAGGUGUUUAUUAAAUGGUGCACAAUUAAUUGCAAUCCAUGCUGGAAAAUAUUACAAACGGAAGGAUGGACUUGCCUUGGGUCCUGGAUGUUUUGUUAAAGGUUUAGAAUAUUCUGCCCAAUGUAAAGCUGAAGUUGUAGGAAAGCCAAAUACAAGUUUCUUCUUAUCAGCUCUUGGAGAUAUAUCACCUCAAGAAGCUGUUAUGAUUGGUGACGAUGUAACUGAUGAUGUUGAGGGUGCUUUAAAAGCGGGUUUGCAGGGAAUUUUAGUUCAAACAGGUAAAUAUCAGAAAGGUGACGAAAAUAAAAUAACUCCCCCACCUACAGCAGUUGCUUCCAGUUUUGUUGAAGCUGUGGAAACAAUUUUAAAAAAUAUAAAGGAAUAGAGAGUAUAAAAAUUAGUUAUUUGUAUUUUUAAAAAAACGUUGUG